UUCCAACAUAUAAAUUCGAUGGUUGUUUUGAACAUCCAUGGAGAACUCGCAAUGGCAGUCAAGAUGACAAUCGUCACCGUAAUCAUGCUCUGGUGCCUGGUCCAGUCCGUUCAUCCGAAACCGGUGAAUGGCGGUCUUCCUGGACCUUCAGAUAUAUCAUAUUUCCACAUUAUUGAUGCUCCAUCUAGAAGACCACCAGUACUAUUGGCUAAACCUGACCCUGCAGAAGCUUACACGCCAUCUGAUCAUAUAAUCCCGUUCACAUUUGAUGAUCCACAGCGUGAUGAAGAAGAAGAAGAAGCUACCACAACGAAGACAGACACCUCUUCAACCAAGGAACCGGAAUCCGGAGGCAAUUGGAUAGACAAAGUAAAGCCUUUCAUAAAAUGGGACCAAUGGGACCCCUCGAAGUGGGACCCCAGCAAAUGGGACCCGACCAAGCUGAUCCCAGCAUAAUAAAUGAGGAUCAUCAUCAUCAUUUCAGCCAUAGGACGUCCACUGCUGAAUAUAGGCCUCCCCCAAUGAUGUCCAUAAUGGCCGGUUGGUAGCGGCCUGCAUCCAGCGCCUUCCUGCAACCUUUAUGAGGUCGUCUGUUCACCUUGUUGGUGGACGUCCUACGCUGCGCUUUCCAUAAAUAAGGAUAUGUACCAUCAAUUAAAUGUCAUCUUUUUAUUGCAUUUCCUUGGCCUUUAUUCAAUAUAAAUA